AUCGUCACCGUACAAAACUAAAGACGAGAUCUUCGUUUUGUCUCUUGUCGUCUUCCUCCUCACCGCUCCCCAGUCACUUAGCUUUAGUUUCGGAGAUCGUCACUUCACUUCCUUCUCUCCAAGAAUCUCUGAUUUUGGAGUUUUCUAAUCUUCCAUAUAUCCAAGGCUGAUUGUAGCAGAUCAGAGCUGUUGUGCGAGUUGGUUUGAGACUUGAGAGAGCCGUGGAAGGGAACUCGUUACCCGAAGAAGAUGUAGAGAUGAUGGAGAAUUCAAAUGGAACUAAAACAGUCACAUAUGAAGCUUCUCCAAUGGUGGAGCCGUUCAUUGGUAUGGAGUUCGAAUCAGAAGAAUCUGCAAAGUCUUUCUAUGACAAUUAUGCCACAGUCAUGGGUUUUGUUAUGCGGGUGGAUGCUUUCAGGCGAUCAAUGCGAGAUGGGACUGUGGUGUGGCGCAGACUCGUGUGUAAUAAAGAAGGAUUCCGUAGAUCGAGACCUCGUAGAAGCGAGAGCAGGAAACCUCGAGCUAUAACAAGAGAAGGGUGUAAGGCUUUGAUUGUAGUGAAAAGAGAGAAAUCUGGAAAAUGGCUCGUCACUAAAUUUGUGAAAGAACAUAAUCAUCCUCUCUUGCCUCUCUCACCUAAUGUUCGCCGGAAUCCCCACCUCUCUCAGACACCGGACGAGAAAGACGCAAAGAUUAGGGAGCUGAGUGCAGAGCUUAGCCGAGAGAGAAAGCGUUGUGCUGCGUUGCAACAGCAGCUUGAUAUGGUCUUCAAGGAGAUGGAAGAACAUUCCAACCAUCUCUCCACUAACAUCAAUAAUGUUAUCCAAAGUGUAAGAGAAAUUGAGUCCAAUACUUUCACCAAACUGUAAACAACACAGCUUCAUUUCUGUUCAUAUAAGUUCAUCAUCAGAUUCUCUUAAUCUUAUGUUCUUCGAUUCUUCAUUCUCCGAAACAAGCAAAGAAAAGACAAGAUUGAAAGGCAUUGAUAAAAA